UUUUCUUCCUCUCGUUUGCGGCGUUGCUCGGUGGUGGAGGCGGGUGAAGCCGGUGAUCGUUAAUAUUGAUAUUUGGUGUUUUAUUUACUUAUUGCCUAUUUAUCUGUGUAAUAAUGGCUGACACGGACGUUCAGAUGCCGCAAGAGAAUGCUAACGGAGAUCAUGGAGGUUCCCCAGCUCGUGGACGCGGCCGGGGACGAGGUCGCGGCCGUGGUGAAUUUAGGGGAGGACGUGGAGGAGGCGGUGAAUUUAGGGGAGGCCGCGGAGGAGGCGGUGAUUUCAGGGGAGGACGCGGAGGAGGUGGUGAUUUCAGGGGAGGCCGUGGAGGCGGAGACUUCCGCGGCGGACGCGGUGGCGGCGAGCACCGUGGAGGACGUGGUGGAGGCGGAGAGUUCAGAGGACGAGGAGGAUUCCGUGGUGGCCGUGGAGGUGGCCCCAGGAACCCUGAGGAGCGUAUGAUGGAGAAGCUGCAGGCCAUCGCCGGUCCGACGUAUGACCUGCCUGUGGCCGAGAAGGAGAAGAAGAAGUUCACCAACAAGUGCCGCCUGUUCGUCGGCAACCUGACCGACGACACCACCAUGGACGAGUUCCAGGAGAUGUUCAAGGUCUUCGGAGAGAUCGCCGAGCCGUACCUGAACCUGGAGAAGGCGUUCGGAUUCGUCAAGCUGGACUACCGUGAGAACGCGGAGAAGGCGCGCCAGGCCCUGAACGGCACCAUGCGUAACGGCCGGCUGCUCAAGGUGCGCUUCUCCUCGAUGGGCAGCAGCCUCAAGGUGAAGCGGCUCUCGCCCUGGGUCAGCAACGAGCUGCUCGAGCUGGCCUUCUCCGUGUUCGGCGAGCUGGAGCGAGCCACUGUUAUCGUGGACGAGCGCGGAAAAUCCACCGGCGAGGGAAUCAUCGAGUUCGCCAAGAAGCCUUGCGCUCAGGCGUGCCUCAGCAAGUGCACAGAAAACAGCUUCUUCAUCACAGAGAGUUUGUGCCCUAUCGAAGUGGAGACUCUGAAGGAAGAGGAGGAGGAGGAGGGACUCAGUGAGAAAGUCCUGCCCAAGAAGUACCACGACUACCGGCGCGAGCGCUCUGUGGGCCCGCGGUUCGGGCAGGAGGGCUCGUUCGAGGCAGAGUACGGCGCUCGCUGGAAGCAGCUGUACGAGAUGGAGAAGCAGCGCCGCGAACAGCUCGACCAGGAGAUCAAACUGGAGAUGGAGAAGCUGCGCGACCAGAUGGAGUUUGCGCGCCGCCAGCACGAGACGGAGAUCCUGCGCGAGCAGCUGCGCCGCAGGGAGAUGGAGCAGGAGCGCACCAAGAGUGACUGGGACGCGCGCCAGGCGCAGCGCGAGCAGGAGCGUCGCCGUAUGGAGGAGGAGAUGCAGCGCCGCCAGGAGUCGAUGCAGGCGCGCAUGCGCCAGUCCGAGGACGACCUGAAGCGCCGCCAGCAGGAGAACAAACUUUUCAUGCAGGCGAACGAGCUGAACAGUCUGCUAGACCAGUCGGAGCAGGCCAUGUGGGGCGACCAGCGCGCACCACCGGCCGCCGGCGGUGACCAGGUGCCGCCCGCCGCCGGCGGCUACGGCCAGGCGCCGCCCGGCUGGGGCACCCCGCCCGCCGGAGCGCCCGGAGGCUUCGACGCGCACGGUGGCGGUCUCGGUCGCGGCGGAGGUCGCGGAGGCGGUCAGGGCGCCGGGAUGGAUCAGGGCUAUGGCGGCCGCGGUCGUGGGGGCGCCCCGGGAGGCUUCCGCGGCGGUCGAGGGGGCUUCCGGGGCGCUCCCAGAGGGGGCCGAGGCAGGGAGGCCGAAGGAGACGACUUUCCCAACAAGCGCCCGCGCAUGUUCUGAGAGCUGGCCACCGCGACAGCAGUGCAGACCCACCAGGCAGGGCUGAAGAGGUGGCCCUAGCCAUGCCGAGCAGAGCCGCCGGGGGCGAGCUAACAGACAUUUUUGAUGGCGACCUACGGCCGCCGGCAGACGGGACGGUCUCGGCGGCCGGCGCGGCCACGGCCGGGUGUGACUUUGUGUCAUGUUCAGUGUUAGAUGGGUAGAGAUACCGUAAACGAAGCGAGCACUUUUUAUUCAUAUUUUGUGACAUUUUUCAUUUGUUUGAACUUAUUGAAACACUCAUAAGGUAGAGGAACUUUCCAAUUGCUAGGAAUGCACGAUAUAUGAAACAGUAUCCAGAAACCGGUGGACAGCUACAAUUAAAGCUACGAGCUAAGGCACGAGCGUGCAUUACAAAUACGUGCAAAACGAUGAGGUACAUCAACGUCAUGCGUUUCAGACCUCGAGACGUAAUAUCCAGUACUCGCAUUCACUAGCAUUAUGCUUCUGUAAAUAUUGUCAUGAUUCGUGUGCUAUCAUUUCGCCGAAUAAACAAAAUGCUGAAGGUACGUAGAUACCACCAAAA